AUGUGUCAAUGGAGAGGUCGGGUGCUAGCGAGCGCGCUGGCGGGGCUCUGCGCGCUCGCGGUGGUCGGCGCGGACGCGUGCGACGACCUGCAGGCGCGCUGGCGGCCCGGGCUGCGCGGAGACAUCCCGGUGCUGGAGAACGGCCAGGAGACCGAGGUGACGGUUUGGUACGAGGGCGGGGGUGCGCGCGCGGCCGCCGCUCUGCUACUGGCUGCCGUGCGUCACGUGCUAGGACACUCCGCGCACUUGCAGCUGGACCCCGCAGACCUCUGCGACCUGACCGCCUACUCCAAUGACUGGCUCAAGUACGCGGUCGUGGCGCCGACGGUUCUGGUGCCCCGCGCCGGGUGCCAGUCGGGGAAACGGUAUAUCGACAUGGUGUCGACCCUGGCUCCGGCCGCUUCACCCUCGUCCAUACAUGUAUUCGCCCACCUGCCCGGGCAGAACUGCGUCGAGUUCGUUAAAAACGCGUCCAUUUACACAACAGAUGCGUUGAAAAAUUGCGGUUUUAUUGAAUCAAAAGACAUUUCACCGAGCAAUAGGGGAUGCGACAAGUGCUUUGCAGUGUUAGCGCGCAAUGAAAGUCGACACGAUGAUCACGUCGCGGGCGAACUGCAGCAGCGGAUUGAAAAAUUGCACUUGCCACUACAACUUAUAUUUUUCCCGUCCGACUCACUCCUGCGUAAGAAGGUUUUAAAACUGCGAAAUGAGAACAAAACUUUCUUAUUUCUAGACGAAGACAUUUGGACCGACGUUUCGAGUGUUGUGCGUCUGUAUCCUCCGACUUGCAUCUAUCAAUGCUCUCCUGUUCUCGAUCCCAGUAAUGCUGUUCGCAUCGGCGAUGGAGAAUUUAUGAGAUCAUUUGCUCCUCCGAUAUAUACACUUGUGAAUCGUUUUGCGCCGGAGCCGAAGGACCUCCGCCAAAUAUUAGAAUACGAAUUGUCCUUAACAAAUAACUCUAACAUAGUAGAAGCUGCUUGUCAAUGGGCAUUGAAAAAUGACGGGAAAAUUCAAAAUUGGACCUUAAGGAAUAGUACUGAGCGACCGCUCCCGCGUACGUACAAAAUUAAAUUAUUCCUUUGUAAUGAAAAUCCUGACUAUGAAGAAUAUAGAGAUAUAAAAAAUUAUGUGAGCGAUCGACUAUCGUCGGACAUAAAAGAAAUCAAUUAUAAUUUACUUAUAAGAAAAGUAAAUUGUUCGAAUACAUCCCAUUUUAAAAAGGAAAUCUCUUACCUGGCUCGGGAUAACGACGUAGCUGGUGCCGUGGCGUGGGGUCCGAGUAUAACGGCCGAGAUGGUCACAGAGGCGAAUAAGUACCAACCCCCGCUUCUGCUGGUGGGUCCCAGCAUGCCGGAAGUACUCUUAGAUUCUACCGUUGCGGUGUACGCAAUCUCAGCAACCCUGGUUAACCUUACCAGAGCUUAUUUAGAAUUAUUUCAACGAUGUGAAUGGUCGCGUAUAGCUAUACUGUCCGAUGAUACGAACUACUCAAGAAUAUUUAUAAAAAAUCUUCUCGCUUCUGAAAAGCUACUCACUCGAGAAAGAAUCGUGGACACAACUAAUAUUAACGAUACUGUAGAUAAAUACCGAAAAGAAGAUGCUCGUAUAUUUUUUGUCAACACAAAAUGGGAUAUUGCGUUUAUCGUAAUAUGUAGUGCGUGGAAGCUAGGUAUGACACCGGAAGCCGGUUUUAUGUGGAUAGUGAGAGAUUGGAGGCCUAAAAAUAAGUGUAACGAAGAAACAAAUUGGGGAACUAUGUACCACUACAGCAUAGGACCGGCGUGGAGGGGGGGCGCGGCCGCGGGCGGCUCGCCGGAGCUGCGCGCCGCGCUGCGGCGGCUGGGGCGCGCGAGCGGCUCCGAGCUCGCCGCGGCCGCGGGCUCUGCGGCGCUCGCGGACGCCUUACUGCUGCUUGGCCACGGGUUCGCGAAGUUUCUGACUGACUACCCCUCCUACGUGUAUGACCCGCAUAGCCUCGGAAGUGCUAUGAAAUUUUCAAAAAGUUUGCGCAAUUUGACAUUAAAUGGAACUGCACAAGAGCUUAAUAGUAAACCUGACAAGAGACUGGUAUUUAUCGAAAAAUGGUUCGGUACAAGAGGUUCUUUGAUCGCCACGUGGUAUGUCGAUCGAAACGGCGUAAGCGACUUCUGGCCCAGUAAAAAAGCUACAUGCACAAAACUUUUUGGACACCAGACCCCUGACAGAGAGCAUUGUGCCACAUUUACAACGGGCGAUCCUUUCGCACCUCGAUGUCACGUGUGGACGAUCGCCAUUGUUGUUGCUGUUCUAAUCCUCGCCUUUCUGGGAAUCUUCUUAGCAAGACGUGUUCGACUAGUGGCUUUAAGACGCCUCGAGAAGGAGGAAAAUCAAUGCGUCGUAUCUGGCUUAGAUCGAUAUCUGGUGAGUCGCGAUUUAAUUAAAAUUUUGUACAAAAUUGGUGAAGGUGCAAAUGGAGACGUAUAUUUUGCCCAAUUGAAAACAUCGAGAGAAACAGUCUUACUUGCUGCAAAAGAACCGCACCAAUGCGUAACGUUCGCUAGAAUGGUUGAUUUUCUACAUGAGGGGUACAUCAUGGCGCCUCUACAUCAUGAAAACAUUAUACGCCUUAUCGGCGUUUGCGUAGAAGGUGGACGACCGACAUUGUUAAUGGAAUACGCUUAUUACAAUGACUUACAGCAAUACUUGACAUUUCGUCGAAAGUUUGCAAUUAGCGCUAAGCUGGGUGAAGUCACCGCUGAGGAAGCAAUGGAAGUGUCGGACAGUGAGCUCACCCGCUUUGCCCGAGAGGCGGCCGCGGCUCUCGAGUACCUCGCCGACCAGAGGCUGGUGCACAGAGACGUCCGCGCCGCUAAUUGUCUCAUUGACAAAAAUAGGUCACUUAAACUGGCCGACUUCGGACUGGCUCGCAAGUUUAAUGAACAAGCAACCAUGUAUAUGUCGCAAAGGCGUGAUUUGUUUCCAGUUCUAUGUAUGGCGCCCGAAACGCUUAAGUACGGAGCGUUCUCACCGGCUUCAGAUGUAUGGGCUCUCGGCGUGUUGAUAUUGGAAGUGGCCACUCUCGGGGCGCGCCCCUUCGGAAGUUGGUUAAAGAGUCAAGUUUGCGAAUAUGUUUUAGCGGGUGGAAGUCCCCCAUUACCACCGGACACGUCGAGAUACACGCGCAUGUUAACGUCGGAGUGUUGGCGCUUCGAUGCAGAGUCUCGGCCGAGUGCGAAGUACAUUCAUGACUAUCUCACGCGUAACCCGCAAACCAUAUCACCGGCUCUACUGGCACCCGACUUACCUGACCCCAACUUAUACUCUUCCAACAAGAAUAAACACACUUACAGAAGAAAAACCGCAUGUGAUCUCAUCCCUUUGCCAUUUUAGAAUUCAUGUACUAUCCUUAAACCUAAUUGUAACUUGUAAGAAUUGUAUUAUAGUUAUCAUAGCAAUCGGAUGAACUAGUCGAGGGUUUCUUCCCACACAUUACAAAUGUUUAUACAGCCAGUUACAGAUGCUUAUCACUGCCAUGGUUUGGGUUUUUGUGCUUGUGCGUUGUGUAUAUUUCAGGAUUCACGAUAUAAGAUUCACAUCUUACGGAGGGUCGCUGAGUGUGAUGAUGCAAUGCAAUGCAAAUCUCUUCUUUAUGAUUUUUGAU